AAUAAUAAUAAUAAUAAUAAUAAUAAUAAUAAUAAUAAUAAUAAUAAUAAUAAUAAUAAUAAUAAUAAUAAUAAUAAUAAUAAUAAUAAUAAUAAUAAUAAUAAUAAUAAUAAUAAUAAUAAUAAUAAUAAUAAUAAUAAUAAUAAUAAUAAUAAUAAUAAUAAUAAUAAUAAUAAUAAUAAUAAUAAUAAUAAUAAUAAUAAUAAUAAUAAUAAUAAUAAUAAUAAUAAUAAUAAUAAUAAUAAUAAUAAUAAUAAUAAUAAUAAUAAUAAUAAUAAUAAUAAUAAUAAUAAUAAUAAUAAUAAUAAUAAUAAUAAUAAUAAUAAUAAUAAUAAUAAUAAUAAUAAUAAUAAUAAUAAUAAUAAUAAUAAUAAUAAUAAUAAUAAUAAUAAUAAUAAUAAUAAUAAUAAUAAUAAUAAUAAUAAUAAUAAUAAUAAUAAUAAUAAUAAUAAAAAUAAUAAUAAUAAUAAUAAUAAUAAUAAUAAUAAUAAUAAUAAUAAUAAUAAUAAUAAUAAUAAUAAUAAUAAUAAUAAUAAUAAUAAUAAUAAUAAUAAUAAUAAUAAUAAUAAUAAUAAUAAUAAUAAUAAUAAUAAUAAUAAUAAUAAUAAUAAUAAUAAUAAUAAUAAUAAUAAUAAUAAUAAUAAUAAUAAUAAUAAUAAUAAUAAUAAUAAUAAUAAUAAUAAUAAUAAUAAUAAUAAUAAUAAGAAUAAUAAUAAUAAUAAUAAUAAUAAUAAUAAUAAUAAUAAUAAUAAUAAUAAUAAUAAUAAUAAUAAUAAUAAUAAUAAUAAUAAUAAUAAUAAUAAUAAUAAUAAUAAUAAUAAUAAUAAUAAUAAUAAUAAUAAUAAUAAUAAUAAUAAUAAUAAUAAUAAUAAUAAUAAUAAUAAUAAUAAUAAUAAUAAUAAUAAUAAUAAUAAUAAUAAUAAAAAUAAUAAUAAUAAUAAUAAUAAUAAUAACAAUAAUAAUAAUAAUAAUAAUAAUAAUAAUAAUAAUAAUAAUAAUAAUAAUAAUAAUAAUAAUAAUAAUAAUAAUAAUAAUAAUAAUAAUAAUAAUAAUAAUAAUAAUAAUAAUAAUAAUAAUAAUAAUAAUAAUAAUAAUAAUAAUAAUAAUAAUAAUAAUAAUAAUAAUAAUAAUAAUAAUAAUAAUAAUAAUAAUAAUAAUAAUAAUAAUAAUAAUAAUAAUAAUAAUAAUAAUAAUAAUAAUAAUAAUAAUAAUAAUAAUAAUAAUAAUAAUAAUAAUAAUAAUAAUAAUAAUAAUAAUAAUAAUAAUAAUAAUAAUAAUAAUAAUAAUAAUAAUAAUAAUAAUAAUAAUAAUAAUAAUAAUAAUAAUAAUAAUAAUAAUAAUAAUAAUAAUAAUAAUAAUAAUAAUAAUAAUAAUAAUAAUAAUAAUAAUAAUAAUAAUAAUAAUAAUAAUAAUAAUAAUAAUAAUAAUAAUAAUAAUAAUAAUAAUAAUAAUAAUAAUAAUAAUAAUAAUAAUAAUAAUAAUAAUAAUAAUAAUAAUAAUAAUAAUAAUAAUAAUAAUAAUAAUAAUAAUAAUAAUAAUAAUAAUAAUAAUAAUAACAAUAAUAAUAAUAAUAAUAAUAAUAAUAAUAAUAAUAAUAAUAAUAAUAAUAAUAAUAAUAAUAAUAAUAAUAAUAAUAAUAAUAAUAAUAAUAAUAAUAAUAAUAAUAAUAAUAAUAAUAAUAAUAAUAAUAAUAAUAAUAAUAAUAAUAAUAAUAAUAAUAAUAAUAAUAAUAAUAAUAAUAAUAAUAAUAAUAAUAAUAAUAAUAAUAAUAAUAAU